UAUAUACAACUGUUAAUACUACACAUAAUAAACAAAAAAUUAUUGUUCGUGGAUAUUUACUUGUAAAAGACAAAAAUCGUAAUAACUCUUUUUAUUGGUGCUGUGAAUAUAAAGAUUCUCAUAACUGCAAAGGAAAAGCAGUUACAAUUUUAGAAGGCCAAAGUCAUGUCUUAAAAAAGUUUAAUGAGCAUAACUAUACACCCGAACCAAGUUAUGCUGAUGUAAUUCAAGCAUUAAAUAAUAUGAGAGAAAUAGCAUCCCAAAGCUGUGAAAGACCAUCUCAAAUAAUCCAUGACAUAACAAUUAAUAUGCCUGAAGAUUCUUUUUAUAAUAUGCCUAAUAAUAAGGCAUUAUGCAAGCAGAUUUCACGUAUUCGACUUAAAAAUAUACCUACUCAACCACAAGCACUUCAAGAAAUAGAUAUUUCUAAUCAUUUACAAAAAGCAAAUUAUUGGUUGAUGGAUGGUACCUUCAAAACUGUACCUACACUUUUUCGUCAAUUAUACGCUAUGCAUACCCCAGUUGGAGGUGAAACCAAUUUUCAUGUUUUUCCUUUAGUUUAUAUUUUAAUGACCAACCAAUUAGAAGAAAGUUAUAAACAAGUAUUUCAAGAAUUAUUAAAUUUGAGUGAAGAAGCAGGUUAUAAUUUAAAUCUACCUAUAAUUAUAACUGAUUUUGAACAGUCAGUUAUUAAUACUAUUCAGAUUAAGUUUUCUAAUUCUGUACAUAAAAGUUGUUUUUUUCAUAUAUGUCAAAAUUUUUGGAGAAAAAUUCAAGUUGAAGGAUUGGCUAUUGAAUACGGCAAUAAUGAAAGUUUUAGUCUUAGAUUACGUUAUUUAGUAGCUCUUGCUUUUCUUUCUUAUUCGGAGAUUCCAGCUGCAUUUGAUACAAUUAAACCUUUAAUGCCUUCUAAUGUUAUGAAAUUGUUAAUUAUUUCGAAAAUAAUUAAAUUUAUGGAAGAAUUCGACAACAGCUUUGAAAUGGAGUUACAACUCAAAUUUCACCUUUAUUUUCACCAUCAUUUUGGUAAAGCACAUCUUGGUACUUAUACAAUUAUUGAGGAGAUGCAUAAAGAACAACAACAAGUUGAUAUGCAAAUUGAACAUGUGUUACGUGGUGAACCUCAUCCAACUCAACGUAAACGCUUAGUUGAUCAUGAAAAAAGAAUUAUAUCUGUUUUUAAUAAUCGUGAUACUUAUACAGUUGUUGAUUUUUUAAGAG